GUUGCAGGUGAUGAAUAACCCGAACCCUCUAAACCAAAGGGAGGGGGAAAAGAAGAGCGCAGAGGUACCGUCCUUCCACCCAUCAAUGGAGAAUUUGCAAAGUGCUCUUAAAGAUUAUAGCUUAUCAGUUUCCACCGUCCCAGAAAAGGGUCGUUCUCUCUUCGCUUCAAGGGAUUUCUAUCCAGGGGAUGUGAUUAUAGGCCAAGAACCUUACGUUUGUGUUCCAAACAACUCCUCACUUUCCACCCCCAAAAGGUGUGAUGGAUGUUUCAUUACAUCUGAUGUCCUUAGAAGGUGCUCACGUUGCCAUGUUGCAUACUAUUGCGGAACCGCAUGUCAGAGGUCAGAGUGGAAGCUGCAUCGCCUUGAGUGUGAGGUCCUCUCAAGGCUUGACAAGGAUAAGAGAAAAUCUGUCACGCCAUCCAUACGGCUGAUGGUGAGACUUUACUUACGGAGGAAGUUGCAAGAUGAUAAGGUCACCCCAAGCACUGCUAUGGACAACUACAACUUGGUGGAGGCAUUAGUGGCUCACAUGUCUGAUAUCACAGAGGAGCAGCUGGUGCUUUAUGCACAGAUGGCUAAUCUUGUAUAUUCCAUAUUGAAAUGGCCGGAAAUCAAUAUAAAAGAGAUUGCAGAAAAUUUUUCUAAGUUUGCAUGUAAUGCUCAUACUAUUUGUGACAAUGAGUUAAGACCUGUGGGAACAGGAUUGUAUCCCGUAAUUUCCAUAAUCAAUCAUAGUUGUUUGCCCAAUUCUGUGUUGGUUUUUGAGGGAAGGUCAGCAUUGGUACGUGCUGUGCAACAUAUACCCGCAGGUACUGAGGUAGUGAUAAGUUAUAUAGAGACUGCUGGAAGCACAAUAACUCGACAGAGGGCUCUCAAAGAGCAGUAUCUAUUCACUUGUACAUGUCCCCGCUGUUCUAAAAUGGGCCAGAAAGAUGAUAUACAAGAAAGUGAAAUUUUAGAAGGAUAUAGAUGCAAAAAUGAAAAAUGUGGUGGUUUCUUGCUUCGAACAACCGAUGGGAAAGGAUUUCAAUGCCAAGGUUGCCAACUAGUUAUGGGCAAGGAGGAGAUAAAGGAAAUUAUAACUGAAAUUGAAUUGCUAUCUGAAGAAGCAGCUUCUAAGUCUUCUUUCUCUUGCAGUUAUCAAGAAGUUAUUUCCAUUUAUAAAAAGAUUGAGAAACUGCAAACAAAGCUCUAUCAUCCUUUCUCAAUUAAUUUGAUGCAAACUCGAGAGAAGAUUUUGAAGGUAAGCUCCUGCUUGUCGUUCUUAUCUACUCUACUCUUUUUCCUUUAUUAAUAUAUCUUGCUCGAUGAUAUUGAUUAUCAAACUCAACUUUGAAAUACAUGCUUUAAUUAGUACAAUUCUUAUGGAGAUUUCUUCAGUGAAUGCAGAUCUUAUUUUUGACUUUUUAGUAGAAACAAAUUCUCUUGCUCUUUUGUGGUCACUAAAUUAUAUUACACACUAAUCAAUUAAUAUGGAUUGAUAUGAUUUAUAUUCUGUUUUGGAUGACGCUGCACACAGUAUACCACACUUCAUGACAAAAGGAGCCUACCUCC